AUGGCCCAGCAAAACACAAAAUUCGAAGGCGGCUCCUCUGCCACGCACAACCCCCACCCGGACUUCAAGUCCGUCGAGGCGACACGGCCCCCCUUCGACCCCUCCCUCAACGUCCGCUUCACAAAGACCAUCGACCCGGACUGGAAAUACGGCUCCGGCGCCAACGCCCUCGGCCAGUCCGCCGCCGCGCACGUCUCCAUCGACCCGCACGAGGAGGGCCGCCCCGCGGGCUUCAACUACAAGCUCCUCAUCUCGGGCGUCGUCCCGCGCCCCAUCGCCUUCCUCUCCACCCGCUCCGCCGACGGCUCCGUCACCAACCUCGCCCCCUUCAGCUACUUCAACAUGGUCAACCACGACCCGCCCCUCUUCGUCGUCGGCUUCGCCGCCUCCGUCGACAAGCCCAAGGACUCGCUCAAGUGCCUGCUCGAGAGCAAGGAGUGCGUCAUCAACAUCAUCUCCGAGGGCUUCCUCGAGGCCGCCAACGCCACGAGCGUCAACGCGCCCUACGGCAAGAGCGAGUGGGACGUCAGCGGCCUGACCCCCGUGUCCGACUGCAAGCACGUCAAGGCCGCGCGCGUAAAGGAGGCCAUCUUCAGCAUCGAGGGCGUGCUGGACUCGUUCAAGGAGUACGACUCAAGGGCCACGCCGGGGAAGAAGAGCGGCGUCGUGUGUAUCAUUGAGGGGAAGAACUUUUGGGUCAGGGAGGAUGCCAUCAACGAGCAGAGGAAUAUCAUUGAUCCUACGGUUCUCCGCCCGGUAAGCAGACUUGGCGGCAUCACGUACGGCCGUACUACCGAGGUCCUUGAGAUUCCCCGCGCGGACUGGGACAAGAACAUUGGCGGCGAGGAGGGUUACGAGAAGAUCAAGAACGGACAAUAG